AUGGGUAUUAAUGAAAGGUGUGAUCAGUUUUUUAAAAUUUUACAUCAAUUGGACCCCAACUGGUGCGUUGAUCCUAGUAAUAACUUUAACACAAGGGACUUCAAAUCAUCUGAGUUUCAAAAUUAUAUAAAAGACAAAAAGGAACCGAUUAACAAUUUAGAGAAGGAAUUUUCCACCAAGAAAUUUAAAGAGAAUGGUCCAAAAAUUCGUGGUCUUCUUUCAAUAUUCCGAAUAUUCAAUAAAUGCUAUAUAAAAUCAACAAAUAAUAGAUUUAAUUGGAAUCCAAACUCGUUUCUUCAUGGCUCAUUUGGUCUAGGCAAACCAGCAAACUCCUUUUUUGAAGGUACCCACACAUUUGAGAAACGAAUUUAUCCGUGGCUAUCGGGGGAAUCUCCAACUUAUGAAAAUUGGAAUGGGGAAGUUUAUUUUGAUCUUCCGGGCUCAAAUUCACGUUCUGCUAUAAAUGAUCCCUAUUGGCUAAAUAUAUUCAGAGAAAAGCUGAAUGGUAGAGGGAUUGUUUUAACUAUAGGAAAUAAGCAUGUUGAUAACACAGUAAGGUUAAUUCGAGUAUUAAGGGCAUUAAAGAAUAAAUAUCCUAUUCAAAUACUUGUUGAUGAGGAUUUUUCCCAAGAAUCUAAACAUAAUAUCAUUUCUGCAGCUCGAGACGAUUUUACAGAGUUACCAAAAUCAUACGAAAAUGUAUCUGAUAUUCUUGGUAAGAACUAUCUAAAACCAGGAGAAAGUUUACCUUGGCAAGAAAUUUGGUUUAUCAAUGUUAAAAAUGCAAUUGUUCCUUCAUAUUGGAACUUAUUUCAAGGCUUUACGAAGAAACUUUUGGCCAGUAUUUUUAAUUCAUUUGAAGAAUAUAUGCUACUCGAUAGUGAUAGUGUGAUACUUGAAAAUCCCGAAUUCUUUUUUAAUAUCAAGGAAUACCAACAAACAGGUGCAUAUUUUUAUAAAGACAGAGCUUGGAAAGCUCGUGCAAAAAAGUCUCUGAACUUUUUAAAAACUUUGGGACCAAACUUAAUUGACUCGGUAGUAUUUGAUAUACCCAUGAUGACAAACCAUACCUUGGAUCGAGAAAUAUUUAAAGGAUUUAGACAUUAUAUGGAGUCCGGAUUAGUAUUAUUGAACAAGAAGCAACAUUUCAAUUCUGUACUUAUGCUGUUGCAACUAAGUUUCUUUGAACCAAUAAGUUCGCAAUUUUAUGGCGAAAAGGAAUAUUUUUGGUUAGGUUUGGCUUUUAAUGGAGAUGAAUCAUAUGAAUUUGACCCAAACUUUUCAGCUUCAAUUGGAAACUUCUCAGACACCAAUAAUCCCAUUAAAGAAGUCUGUUCUGCUCACCCAGCACAUUUAAGUGCCCAUGAUGGACAUCUAUUAUGGUUAAAUUCAGGUUUUCGAUUUUGCCAUAAGGCAGGUAUAGGUAAGGUAAAAUAUGACGUGGAAGCAGGUCAUAAUGGUAGGUUCCCAAGCAAUCCACAUGAGCUUAAACUGAUUUUUGAAUCCUUGUUCAGACCAAGUCAUGGGAUUAUUCCACCGUGGUCUUUAGAUAUGAAAGGCAAAAAUGGUCAGUUUCUUACUGGAUGGAAUGACGAAUUCAAAUAUUGCGCUGGAACUAUGUUUUGUGCAGUUUCCAGUGUUGGAAGUAUAGACAAACCUAUAUUGGGUCAAGUUAUAACUUUUGAUGACACCGCAAAGAAUUUAAUGUCAUAUUAUGGAGAGAUUUGGAUGGGUUAG